AUGAACUCUCUAGAAUCUGUAGCCCAGUCCCUUGCUGGGCUGUCAAUCACCCCAUCAGCCAGCCUGAUCAAAACGCUCGUCGACAAGCCGAAGACUGCAAAAACUGCGAUUCCGGUCCCUGUUGUCGUGAUUGCCCGUGAAGAGACCGAGACGAGCUCAUCAGCGCUCGGUAAGAAGCUCAACCUGAAGGAGCUGAGGUUGGCAUCUGAGGAUCUGCUUGCUGAAUUUUUCGCGCUCGAUAAGGACUCUUUGUCGCUACUUUCAUUGACUAGCGAGACGUUCCCAAAAGUUGUUACCGUGAUUGAUGCAUCGAUCACGUCCUCCUCAUCAACAUUUGCGUUACACGCACUAUCCUCCAGUGCAACCGUCUUUCUUUCUGGACAGGAUAUCCUGUCUUACCUCCGAAAACUUGGGACUGAGGACUUGAAAGUCCAAGAAAUCGACUUUACUUCCCUCAAGUCUGAUGUCGAGAAAGAGGUCGCGAAAAUCGAUGGCGCCGUUCAGAUCGCCAUCGGUGUCAAGAAGGAAGUCGAUUUCUCUGCGUGGUAUCAGAGCGUCUUAAUAAAAGCAGAAAUGCUCGAGUACUACAGUGUUAGUGGGUGCUAUAUCUUGAGGCCGUGGUCGUACAUUAUCUGGGAGGAGAUCCAAGACUGGUUCAACAAGGCAAUGAGCGUUCAGAAUGUAUACUUCCCUAUGCUUGUGUCACAAAAGGUGCUCGAACGCGAGAAGGACCACAUUGAGGGUUUCUCUCCGGAAGUUGCAUGGGUUACAAGAGCUGGGAGCUCUGACCUUGAGGAGCCGGUAGCCAUUCGUCCGACAUCUGAGACUGUCAUGUAUCCUUACUAUGCCAAAUGGAUCAAGAGUCAUCGAGAUUUGCCACUGAAAUUGAACCAAUGGAACAACGUCGUCCAAUGGGAGUUUAAACAUCCGCAACCGUUCCUCCGUACUCGGCAGUUCCUGUGGCAAGAGGGCCAUACUGCUCACCUUACCAAGGCCGAGGCUGAUAAGGAAGUUCGGGAGAUCCUCGACUUGUACUGCCGCGUGUAUGAGGAACUCCUUGCUGUUCCUGUCAUUCCUGGUAUCAAAUCCAAGAAGGAGAAGUUCGCUGGUGCCCUCUAUACUACCACGAUUGAAGGCUUUGUUCCUCCCUCGGGCCGUGGUAUUCAGGCUGCUACCUCGCACUGCUUGGGCCAGAACUUUUCACGCCCGGAAAUGUUUAACAUCAUGGUCGAGGACUCGAAUGAUCCUUCUGGCCAAGGCAAGACCUUUGCAUGUUCUGUGUGGUGUCCAGCAAAGACGAGCGAUGAAGACAGAGCUAAGAUUAACAAUCCCUGCGAUGAUCUCGCAAAAUCUCUGAUAGAUGGGGGUGUCCGGGCGAGAGCAGAUCUUAGGGAGGGUUACGCCCCCGGAUACAAAUUCAACGACUGGGAACAAAAGGGCGUCCCCCUUCGUUUGGAGAUAGGGCCGAAUGACCUUGCGAAGCAGCAGACGCUGUCCGUGCGCCGUGAUACCGGUGCAAAGAUCCCCGUUGCUCUCGCUGACCUUGCCACCACAAUCCCGAAGACGCUCGAAACUAUCCAGAGCGUGCUCUCGCUGAAAGUUACACGAUGGGAAGACUUUGUCCCCACACUAGACAGCAAGUGCAUAGCUGUCAUUCCGUGGUGCGAGCGUGAAGCAUGCAGAGGCACCGUGCUAUACAGUUGUAUUUGA